CGCUGAGGAGUGAAGGACACGCCGCAGGCCUCAGUUUCCCCAGGUUCAGGCCGCAUGGGCUCCCCAGGCGGUAGAUGCUGGCACAUCCCCUGGUUCUUUUUCGCCUGAGGGGCUCCAGCAGCUUCAGGACAUUUUCCCCAAACCCAGGACCUCCCCCAAACUCCGCAGGUCCCCCAAUUCCAACCCCUGUCAGAUGCCUCCUUACCUGUCUGAGAGGUGCAAACAAGCCGGCUCAGGGGAGUACAGCACAAUUUCAAGGCGGAGCAUUCCUUGCCUUUCUCCACCCACUUCCCAAGGCGACCUGGGAGUCUGCGCACUGACUUCCAGGGGCAGGGCUUCAGAAACUUGUUCUGGCUCAAGUUCUGGACUGGAGGAAUUCGUAUCCGGAAGUGAGAGCUCCCCUUUCCGCCUAGACAAAGCAAUAGGUAUUUCUCGGAACUUCCUGUUAGAAGCCGGAAGGCGGUGGGUCGGGGAGGCAGCCAGGAGCCUAGUGCCUUCGAGGAUCGCCUCGGGGGACGGUUUUGCGCCCCGAGCUCUUAGGACCAUUUCGACUUCUCGGGACAUGGCCCUGACGGUGGAGACUGAGUCGCGUAUCUACCGGGGCCUGCGUACCGCCUCGGGGGCUGCUGCCCAUCUCGUAGCCCUCGGCUUCACGAUCUUCGUGGCUGUAUUGGCCCGGCCCGGCUCCAGUCUGUUCUCCUGGCACCCGGUGCUUAUGUCUCUAUCAUUCUCCUUCCUGAUGACAGAGGCACUGCUGGUCUUCUCUCCAGAGAGUUCCCUGUUGCGAUCCUUCUCUCGAAAGGGCCGGGCGAGAUGCCAUUGGGCACUUCAACUGCUGGCCCUGCUGUGUGCCCUGCUGGGCUUGGGCCUGAUUAUCUACAAUAAAGAGCAGCACGGCAAAGCUCACCUGGCUACAUGGCAUGGGUGGGCAGGGCUGCUGUCGGUGCUGUGGGCUGGGUUGCAGUGCACAGGUGGGCUGGUGUUGCUAUGCCCCAAACUGCUACCACGAUGGCCAUUAGCCAAGUUGAAGCUGUAUCAUGCCACCUCAGGCCUGGUGGGCUACCUCCUGGGCAGUACUAGCCUCCUCUUGGGUAUGUGCUCCCUCUGGUUUACCACCACACUGGUUGGUGCUUCCUGGUACCUGGCUGCCCUCUGUCCCAUUCUUACUAGCCUGGUGGUCAUGAAUCAGGUGAGCAAUGCCUACUUGUACCGCAAAAGGAUUCAGCCAUGAAGGAGGCAGCAUCCAUGUGUCCCAUCUCUCCCUAUUGCAGUAGCCCUGCAUUCUGCCCAGAAAAGCUGCUCACAGUGCUGCUAAGAUCCUCUUGGCUCUCCUACAUUGAGCAGGCCUGGGUCAUACAUUGUCUCUUUGGGGGACAGGUGGAAGAGAUGUACAUGGAGCAAGGAAAGGUGCUCUGUGCUCCACAUCGAGACUCCUUUCUCUGCAUCUUCCCAUCUGUGAAGGGGCAUGUGUACAUGUGGAUGGACUGCUGGCAGCCUUGCCUGCCUCUUCUGCUCAUCUUUUAUACUCUUAUCAGUAUUAGCAAAAAAUUUUUCCAAUGUGACCAUGGAGAGGAAGAGCUCUGAGCCAGAGCUGAUUCUUGCAGGUACCAUUCUUCACACUACUCUUUUUAAGAAACAGGUUGGGUCAGCUGAAGCACUGUUUUGUCGGGGGUAGCAGUGGAGUUUGGAUGGACUUUGCUACCAGUCAGACCUUGGCUCUGGAGGGUGGAGCAGCUUCCCCUUGCUUGGAAGUCAGGAAGGCCUGAGGAGGACCUGCCAUUUCCCAGAGAGCAGGGAUGGUGGGAGGGUGAGGCCAAGGAGUUAAUGCUGUGUUCUUGUAAUUCCUAUAAAGCUCUUCUAUCUACUUA